AUCUCAACUCCAAAGACCUUUUUGCUCCGCAGAAAAAAAAUUAAAAAAAAAAAAUCAAAUUCUCCAUCGAUGCUCUUUGGGAGCUCGUCGUCCUCGUUUUCCUCUUCAUCUGCGCUUCAUCAUCGCUAGGGUUUUCUUCGCACCUUCCUUUCUCUGCAAUUCGCUUCCUUCAUCAUUCGGAAUCAGAUGCAGAUUUGACUUUGGGAUUGUGAUAAUUGAUUGAUUAGAAGUUGACGAAAUGACGAUGAAUGAACGAAAGACGAUUGACCUAGAACAAGGAUGGGAGUUUAUGCAGAAGGGAAUCACCAAGCUGAAGAACAUUCUAGAAGGACUGCCGGAGCCGCAGUUCAGCUCCGAGGACUACAUGAUGCUUUACACAACGAUCUAUAAUAUGUGCACUCAAAAGCCCCCACAUGACUACUCCCAGCAGCUGUAUGACAAAUACCGUGAAUCAUUUGAAGAGUAUAUUACUUCAACAGUUCUGCCCUCGUUAAGAGAAAAACAUGAUGAGUUUAUGUUGAGAGAACUUGUGAAAAGAUGGGCAAACCAUAAAAUCAUGGUUAGGUGGCUCUCUCGUUUCUUCUAUUACCUUGACCGAUACUUUAUCGCUCGGAGGUCGCUUCCACCCCUUAAUGAGGUUGGCCUCACCUGUUUCCGUGAUCUGGUCUACCAGGAAUUGAAUGCAAAAGUUAGGGAUGCUGUGAUUUCUCUGAUUGACCAGGAACGUGAAGGAGAGCAGAUAGACCGAGCUUUGCUAAAGAAUGUCUUAGAUAUAUUUGUUGAGAUUGGAAUGGGGCAAAUGGACCACUAUGAGAAUGAUUUUGAAGCAACCAUGCUUAAAGAUACUGCAGCUUAUUAUUCUCGAAAAGCUUCAAAUUGGAUCCUAGAAGAUUCUUGUCCAGAUUAUAUGCUGAAAGCAGAGGAAUGUUUAAGAAGGGAGAAAGAGAGGGUUUCUCAUUACUUGCACUCUAGUAGUGAGCCAAAGCUGUUGGAGAAAGUUCAACAUGAGUUGUUGUCCGUAUAUGCAACACAGCUACUUGAGAAAGAGCACUCUGGAUGCCAUGCAUUGCUGCGAGAUGAUAAGGUGGGGGAUUUGUCUAGGAUGUUCAGGCUCUUUUCUAAGAUACCUCGAGGCUUGGAUCCCGUUUCAAAUAUAUUUAAACAGCAUGUCACUGCUGAAGGAAUGACGCUAGUUAAACAGGCUGAAGAUGCAGCAAGCAACAAGAAGGCAGAGAAGAAGGAUGUGGUUGGUUUACAAGAGCAGGUUUUUGUCAGAAAGGUCAUCGAGCUACACGACAAGUAUCUAGCAUACGUGAAUGACUGCUUUCAAAACCAUACACUUUUUCACAAGGCCCUUAAGGAAGCUUUUGAGGUCUUCUGCAACAAGGGUGUUGCUGGAAGCUCAAGUGCAGAACUGCUUGCCACUUUCUGUGAUAACAUUCUGAAGAAAGGUGGAAGUGAGAAACUGAGUGACGAAGCCAUCGAGGAGACUCUGGAAAAGGUUGUAAAGCUGCUUGCCUAUAUUAGUGACAAGGAUCUCUUUGCAGAGUUCUAUAGGAAAAAGCUUGCCCGACGCCUUCUUUUUGACAAGAGCGCAAACGAUGACCAUGAGAGAUGUAUUUUGACAAAACUGAAACAACAGUGUGGAGGACAGUUCACUUCAAAGAUGGAGGGAAUGGUGACGGACUUGACUUUAGCAAAGGAAAACCAAACCAAUUUUGAGGAGUAUCUAAGUACCAAUCCUCAUGCAAAUCCAGGGAUUGAUUUGACGGUUACAGUACUGACUACUGGCUUCUGGCCAAGUUACAAGUCUUUUGACCUCAACCUUCCAGCUGAGAUGGUUAAGUGUGUCGAAGUUUUCAGGGAAUUCUACCAGACAAAAACAAAGCACAGAAAACUUACAUGGAUAUAUUCCCUAGGAAUUUGUAAUAUCAGUGGGAAAUUUGAACCCAAAACCAUGGAGCUGAUUGUGACAACGUAUCAGGCCUCUGCCUUGUUGCUAUUCAAUUCCUCAGAUAGAUUGAGUUACUCAGAAAUAAUGACUCAGUUAAACCUGGGUGAUGAUGAUGUUGUUAGACUGCUCCAUUCCUUGUCAUGCGCCAAGUACAAAAUUCUCAACAAGGAGCCAAGUACGAAAACCAUCUCGCCCACCGAUCACUUUGAGUUCAACUCAAAGUUUACGGACAAGAUGAGGAGGAUCAAGAUCCCUCUCCCUCCAGUUGAUGAGAAAAAGAAAGUAAUUGAGGAUGUUGACAAGGACAGACGGUAUGCCAUUGAUGCCUCGAUUGUACGCAUCAUGAAGAGUCGUAAAGUUUUGGGUCAUCAGCAAUUAGUCAUGGAGUGUGUUGAGCAGUUGGGUCGCAUGUUCAAGCCUGACUUCAAGGCUAUUAAAAAGCGGAUUGAAGAUCUGAUCACCCGAGACUAUCUGGAAAGAGACAAAGAUAACCCGAACAUGUUCAGAUACUUGGCAUGAUAUGGCCUUGAUGAUUCCUUGUUGCCAAAUAAACUGAUGACUAUCGCUUCCGGAAUCAGCGCGAAAAAGAUGGUCGUUUCAUGGUGGAAGUGGGGUUUAUAAUCCAGCGUAUGAGUGCCCCCCCUUUUGCGAUUCCUUAGAAGCAGGCGCGGUGAAUGCUUGUACAUUUUGCCUUUGGAGCCUGAUACGGGCAAGAAUUAUAGAUCCAUGAAUUGGAAAAAAAUUGUAAUUGAUGUGGUCCGGUGCUUCAGUGAGACCCGCCCUCAUGUAUCAUGACUUAAUCCCUGCAUGCUUUGUUAUUUCUUUCUUUUUUUUUUUUCUUUGACCCACUGAAAGUGAAAGGAAAUGUGGUAAUAUUACUCCAGUGGUGAAUUAAAAAUCUAUUAGGUAUUGGAAUGGUUUGUAGUAUUUGAAUGCCUACCCCGUUUAUGCCUUUUUGUGUGCCGUGUCAUAUUUUCAUGGUAACUCUCACCUUCUUUGCUUAAUGUGAUGAACAAGAUAAAUGAGCCAUUUGCAGA